CGACCGCAUCCAUCAAUCAUCAAACGGAAUAAUAAAAGUCCAUAUGCUAUGCCUCUCUCUCGGCCCUUUUGUCUACCGACCCCUCUCUAAAUGCAGAUGCCAAUUGUGCUGGUGCACAUGCAGAUUCACAGCACCAUACACCCCACCACCCCCCGACCCCUCAGUAGCGGCCGUCUCGCUGCCAUGGUACAUCACAACACUCCCGCAAGACACAAACUGCAGCGGCAUCUCACCAUCGCCGUACUCGGACGAUGCUGGCACCGUGCUGUCGGCUGCCAGAGACACACUGUUGGGCACCACUGAUGGCUCCGGGACAGAGGCGAUGCCAUCGGCAUGGCUGUCCUCACUGCUGACAGGGCGGGAGGGCUGCUGCUGCUGCUGCUGAUGCUGCUCGACGAAGCCCAGAGAAGGCGUCUGCGAAGCCGGCGUCUCUCCGUUGGGCUUCAGACUCGGCUCUUCCUCCCUCUCGUCUUUGUUGUCUGCCUUGGUGGCUGUCCCUGGCCCAUCGGCGGCAUUCACAGGCAUUGUCUCAGACACACUGAUGCCGUUCUCCUUGCCGCGGCUGGCCAUCGAUGGCGCAGGUACGCUGCCCUCACUGCUGGCGGGGCGCGACUGAAGGGCGCUGACGAAUCCGUUCUGCACGACGGUAGCUGGAGUCGCGGCGGUGUGUUGGGGCGGGCUGGGGAUGGAGAGAAGGGGUGUCUGCGACGCCGGUGUCUCCCCGUGGGAUGACGCCGGUGCCGGUGCUGGUGUGCCCUUGACGGUGUCGGGUUGCUGCUGGCCCGUCUCGUCUUCUGCACCUGGUCGCUCUGCCGAUGACCCACUGGCAACGGCCGCCUCAGACAAACCACCACGGGCAUCUCGCUGCGUCCCCAUCUGACGGCCAUCCCCCGCUGUGUGCACGCUGGUGGCGCUUGAGCUUGAAGGAUGGGCAAGAGGGGAGGCCGUCGCAGCUUGCAUGGGCGGCGAGCUCUGCCGCAGGAUGUCGCGGACCGCCAGGAUGUCGUACCGCCCGUCAUCUCGCACCUCCGGGAAUCCAUGCGGCUGUCGCCCCGCUGCUGCUGCCGAUGCUGCUGGCUGCGAGCUCAUCUUGCCGCCCCUGGAUGCUUUGUAUGUCUGGUAGCGCAUGGCGACGAUCAGGUCCAGCCACCCCAGGUCGGGGAAGGCGAUAAUGACCUCACGAGAUGGGGAAUCGGCACGCCGUGAGGUCGUCUCCCCAGUGGAAGCCAGCCGAAACCUGAUGGGCUCGCCACGCUGCGGCCUGGGCGGCAUGCCGCCCCACCGCAGCAUCGUCGUGUACUGCGUGUCCAUGUCGAUGUCGCCGCCGCGCUUGUUCCACUCGUCCAGCGUCAGCCACUUGCCGCCCUGAGCGUCCCAACCGACCCACCUGAGGGAUGACGGCCAGGCGCCCGUGGAUGCGUCUCGGAUGGGUGCUAUGGCCAGGCCCUGUGUGGGUGUCUCCUUGGCACCCGUCAUGACGGCCCAUGCCGUGCUGCCGAACCGCUUGGCGACGAGGAGGUGAGGGAAGCAGGCGCCGUAGUUCAUAGUGAGAGGGAAGAUGGUGGGCAGGUCGCGCAGCUUGUCGGAUGCAGAGGAGAGCUCGAAGGCGGUGCCGAUGGCCAGUUGGCCGCCCUUCAUCGAGAGCACCGUGCACUUGGGCGUGCUGUUUGUGGGCGGUUCGUGGUGGGAUGGGCUGAGGGACGACUGCGGGCGGCCGACGAACAGCAGUUUGUAAGACAAGGGGUCCGUCUGGAUGCCCAACUGCUGAGAGAGGGCCGUCCUGAUGUCCAUCAUGUUGCACGCGUCAGUAGGUAUGGCCAGAUCCUUCAUCUGCGGCCCCUCCCUCUCGGUCAGCAGCAGCACGCGCAGCGUCAGCGACACCUCAAUCGACGUGGGAUAGAACACCUUGGGCCUGCCCGUGCCCGUGCCCAUCCCGUCGUCGGGCAGGUGAUACCACUUCCUGCCCCAGAGCCCGUCGACACUCAGGCGGCCGUUCAUGAUGCUCCGGCUGCCAGUGGCAGGGCAGUAGGCCACAAUCACGCGCCGGCCCCUUGGCGUCAGCCGCGAGAGGAGCUCGUCGUCGGCAGCCGUGGUGUGGCCGUCGACGCGCAUGAGGCACCAGACCUGCCUCUGCACCAACACCAGCUCAUAGACGGGCUGCUGCUGCUGCUGCUGGUCGCCCGUGCUGCUGCUGCUGCUGCUGCGAUACAUGAUCAGAGAGGGGUAGGGGUCGGGGGGGCUGGUCUGUGACGAUACUGAUGCGGUGGCUGUGGCUGCGCCUGUGAGGCGGAUGUCCUCGACCCGCGUGAAGGUCAAGUCGGGGGGUAUGGGAGAGGGCAGCCCAGUAACCCUGGCCUCCCUGCCGGCACUCAGAUGCAGCGCCUCGUACGUCUCGCUCGUCGUCCCCCCCAUGGCCUCCCUGUCUGCCGCCUUCUGCACAGUGCGAUGGAGCAGCUCGCACAAGCGGGAGUACGGGAGAGAGGUGGCAGUGGCCGGCAGCACCUCUGACUUGAUAGUCGUCAUGCUGGCGUGGGAGAAAGUGGGGGAGCCGGCCCGGGGGGGGACGGGAUGCUGGCAGCAGAGAGGAAAGAAAGGGGAGAGAGAUGGGCGAAUGAAUUGUGGGGCGGUGUGUCUUGGCUUGAGCAAAAUGGAAUGUCUGUCACCCACCUGUGUGAUGGUGAAUGAGGAGCGGCUCUUCUGUUCGUUGAGGUCGGUGCGGUCGCAGUAGGACAGGAUGACCUGCAGGGCGUGGCACCACACACACACACACACACAGAGAGAGAGAGAGAUAGAGAAAUGGGUAAAGUACAACAAGUGGCGAGGUGUGUCACUCCCUGACUCACCACUUGUCCGUCCAGGUAGGUGUGGUUGAGGCACAGUGCAUCGCGGCGGUCGGCCUCCUUCGCGAACUCCAGAUAGAAAGUCGACUUGGGCAGACAACUCUCACUGACACAACGCACACACACACACACAGACACACCCACCCACGGCAAUGCACCACCUGAGAUGAUGAUUGGCCAAUGUAUUAGUGGCACGCUCACUUGUUUUGGUCGAUGCAGUCGUCCCUGGGUUUGCUGUGCCACACGUGCUUGGCCGGCCCGCGGAACAUCUCUAUCACAGACUGACACACACACACACACAUGGCCCCCUGCACCCCAGGCCUGGGCUGAUCUGAUCGACCCACCCACCUCAACAGGCGUUUCACAGUGCAGCUUGGUCUUAAUGUAGAACUUCUUCCUCUGAUGCUUGGACGCCGCCGCCCUCAGCACCGCAAUGCGAUUGAGGAUCUCAUCGACGGACGAGCACGCAGCGGCCUCUUUGAUAGCAGACAUCACCUUGGCCUGACCGGCCCGGUCGAGCUGUGAGGCGUGGUUGAACGACCUGUCCAGUGGAUCUGACACACACACACACAUACACACGUACGACAAAGGAGUGGACUGCUUCCCGUCAUCGACUUACCUUCGAUGACCCAUGCUUGCUGCCCAUCCCCCUUGAGCCGCUCCUCGCCCAGCCAGUCGGCACGCUUGGUGGUGCUGCCAGUGCCGCCCUGCCGCACGGACACGACCCACUUGAGGAGGUCGAACCUACUGCCGUAGAAGCGAAAGAACCCCAUGACCAGCUCAUCCAGACUCUUGACGGCCUGCGACAGACACACACACAGACACUGUCAGUGUGGCGGCAUUGGGUGGGUGGGUGUGGCCGCGUGGUAUCUAUCAGUGCUGUGCUGACGUUAUCAGUGCUCGCUGGUGCUGGUGCUGGUGUGGGUGGCGAUGUGAGGAAGCACACGUCGAUCCUGCUCUUGUUGUCUCGUGUGGUGCGUCUGCACCGGUAGAUGGAGGGGCUGUCGGCCGGCACAUCCUCCGGCACACGCUGCAGAUUGGGCAACACACCUUUAACCUGCACAUGAACGAACGAACAAGGAAACACAGACAGACAUACAGACAGAUAUGUGUGUGUGUGAUGUGAUGUGAUGUGAUGUGAUGUGUGUGUGUGUGUGUGUGUGUGUGUGCGCCUGUAGGUAGAAGAUGGUCAUGAGGAUGAGGCCGUAGCUCGUCAUGCUCUCGCCCUCGGCAGACACCAAUCCCUCACUCUUGGCCCACUUCUGCAGUCAGUGGAAUGUACACCACACCACACCACACACAAGGGGACGUGUUGUGUUGUGUUGUGCUGUGUCGCGUGACGUGACGUCGUCUGAAUGCCGGUGUGACGCCGGUGUGAUUGACCUUGAUGAGCCGCCCCAUGUGUGCCACGCGGCCAUGUGGGUCGGCAUCGCAGUAGGCCUUGAGGAGGUGCGUGUUGUCCACGGCCAGGGCGUUGUUGACGCUCAGAUCCACCUCCACACCUACACACCCACACACACCACACACACAUCCACACCACCACACACGCAGGCAGGCCAACUCACCUCGGUGCUCCAUCUUGAGUAUAGGUACGCGGGCCGCAAACACCCGUGCGAUGCGUCCGAACGAGUGCCGCUCCAGCACCGGCACCAAAUCGCCCAAGAGCCGCUUCUGAAGCAUCUGACGGUCCGGGAUCUCGCCAGGAUAGAUCCCCUGGAGGUCUUUGGGGUUGAUCAGAAUCGUCACAUCGAUGUCCGAGCCCUGUGUUGCAAACCCAUUCAUCGACCCGCCGAACGCCGCACACGUGAAGGACGAGGCCGCCUUGCCAUGCAGCUCCCGCAGGCAGCCCGAGAGCUGGCUGCAUGUGUCAUUGACAAGCUGCGGGAAACUGUCUGCCGGUGCGAUUGAGUCGAUGAAGCUCUGCAGGGCGGCCGACUUGACCGUGGCUGAGCCAUGCAGGGAGGGGGAGGUGCCGUUGGCGGUGCCAGUGUUGUUGUUGCUCUCGGCAGAUGCGUCGUAACUCUCUGACAUGGCCGCGGAAGAUGAAGAUCCCACUUCAGACGAGGAUGCUGAAGCCGGAUGCAGCCCGAGAGGGAG